CCCGAAGACGAAGAAGAAGCAGAAGGAAGUAGACGAAGAAGAAGCAGCAGGAGCAGAACUAUAGCCUCUGGAGGAUCAGGGGUUAUAAGGCAGCUUCAGGAGGACCACCAGUUCUACGAGGCUGGUAGAGUGUGGAUCGGGGUGUGUGAGCGCUGCUCGGGCAGAAGCCAUGGUUCAGACGUGCUCAGCGUACGGAUGUAAGAACCGCUACCACAAAGACAAAGACAUCUCCUUCCAUAAGUUUCCUCUUGCACGUCCAGAUGUUUGUGGUAAAUGGGUGGCAGCGAUGAGAAGGAACAACUUCAAGCCGACAAAGUACAGCAACAUCUGCUCGCAGCACUUCACCAAAGACUGUUUCAAGAGAGAGUGCAACAACCGAGUGCUGAAGGAGAACGCCGUGCCAUCCCUCUUCACCUUCAGCCUCAGCAUCAAGUCAGAGACCUUGGAGCAUCCCUUCCCCUCAGAGAUCCACUUCCCCCUCUCUCUGCCUCUGACCUCUGAUCCAGUGGUGGAGGAGGAGGAGCCUGAACCUGUGAGGAGCCUGCCUGACACCCACUGUGACACGGCGUCGGUCUCCUGCGACCACAACUACACGGCGGAGGACUCCGCGCGGCAGAAGAGGCGCAUUGAGCUGCUGGAGGAGCAGCUGGAGCGUCUGAGGAAGAAACUGAAGACGACGCAGCAGAAGUGUCGGCGGCAGGAGAGGCAGCUGAAGAGGCUGAAGGCCGCCUGUGAUGUGCCAAGGACCAGUUGUGAGCCACCUGCAGCGUUUGGCGAGGGAUACGUGAUUUUACCCAAACAAAUCUACCACACACUGAAAGGUAUCGAGUGAUGAGGAGGAGAGGAAGGAGAACAUUGCUGUGGUCAUACUGACCAGCAGAUUAGGUUCUGCUGCGGGUUCCAUCUCAGAUGUGUCAGCAGCAGCCAGGCAGACUGUUGCUGCUGAGCAAGGCAGUGACUCCGGAGCCAAGAGCUACAGGUUCACUUGUUAGUGAAUACAAAUGCAGGAUGUGGAAAACUUCAGUCUGUGUAUUUGGAUACAACAAACCCCUUACAUAUCCUUUUUUUCUUUGCUUUUCAUUCUUUGUGUUUUCUGAUUAGGCUCCACUGAAAAUGACUUUAAACGAAAAGUUCAACAUUUAGGGUUUGGCUUUAGAGAGAGCUGCAAACUGAAACCAUUUCGUGAUGGGUUGGGUGCGGUUGAGGAGUCUCUGCAUGGAAGCACUGGGCAGAUGGAGUAACUGUUGGUGCAGAAACAGUUUAAAUUUGAACCCAUAAAUCCACAAACUGCUUUUUACAUUAGUGUUUGUUUGAAGAUUAAACAAAUGAGAUACAACAUAUAAACAGUGAGCACUAGAGGUUCUGGGAGAUGUAUUUUUGAACUUCAGAUAGAGCCAGAGUGUUUCCACCAAGCAGACACCUGUAGGGCUGAAAAAUGAAGCUAAAUUGCAGUUCCUCUAAUGACCACUAGAGUCUGGCUCCAACAGUGAGUCAGUCCCC